CUCAUAAUUUUAGAGACAAACAAUGCAUUUUCUCAAACUCAUUGGCCUUUUUCAACUCUAUCUUCUCAUCAUGACCCUUUUGGUCAAGUCUUCCAAUGCUCAAAAUUCAGCUCAAGACUACAUUAAUGGCCACAACUCAGCUAGAUCACAAGUUGGUGUUGGAAAUAUCACAUGGAACACCACUCUUGCUGCUUAUGCUCAAACAUAUGCCAACUCUAGGAAAGGAGAUUGCCAAUUGAUGCACUCCAAUGGACCUUACGGCGAAAACCUCGCGAAGGGCAACAAUGGCUUCAGUGGUUCGACUGCAGUCAACUUGUGGGUGAACGAGAAGCCUUACUAUAGCUAUAGCAACAAUGCGUGCAACGGGGGCGAGUGCCUCCAUUAUACACAAGUUGUUUGGCAAAGUUCUUAUCGUGUUGGGUGUGCUAGAGUUCAGUGCAACGAUGGAUGGUGGUUCGUGUCUUGCAACUAUGACCCUCCGGGCAAUUGGGAAGGGGAAUGGCCUUAUUAGCUACCCUUUAAAUUAAACUAAAAGCUUCAGUUUCUCAAGCCUUUUAGUAUGAUAUAAAUAAAGUUUAUAUAUGUCGUACUAAUGUAAUGGAAAUCAAAAUAAAAAGGUAAGUAGUAGUUUGAUGCAAGAUUAUCCUAUAUGAUGCUAUGCAUCUAAUAGUCAGUGAUCAUGAAAGAGUUUGUU